GCCCGGGUCGGCGGGCAGGAGGUCCGCGUGGAUUUCUGGGACACGGCAGGCCAGGAGCGGUUCCGGAGCAUGCACGCCUCCUACUACCACCAGGCCCAUGCCUGCAUCAUGGUGUUUGAUGUGCAGCGGAAGGUCACCUACAAGAACCUGAACAACUGGUACAAGGAGCUGAGGGAAUUCCGCCCAGAGAUUCCCUGCAUUGUGGUGGCCAACAAGAUUGAUGCCGAUAUGAAGGUGACCCAGAAAAGCUUCAAUUUUGCCCGGAAGUUCAGUUUGCCCUUUUACUUUGUGUCUGCUGCCGAUGGCACCAACGUGGUGAAGCUCUUCAACGACGCCAUCAGGCUGGCUGUGGCUUACAAACAGCAAUCAGGAGACUUCAUGGACGAGGUCCUGCGGGAGCUGGAGAGCUUUGAUCUGCAGAACACAAGCAAGGAUUUGCCAGACAAGGGGAAGAGCUGCACUGAAGAGGAGCCCUCAUCUGCCUAGGCCUGGACCCUGAGCCUGUUUUCCCCUUGGCUCUGGACUUCUGGGGCCUGUGUGGAGGACAGUGAUGCUUCUCAUGCCCUAGAGCUGUGGUGAUGGGCAGCCGGGCCUCUUCCCUUCUUGUGGGAGCUCACCUGGGCAGGAUCUUCAUUGGCUCGGCCCUCGCUGCUGCACAUUUCACUCAGGAGAGGGAUGGGAGGACCCACAUGAUUCCACAUGGAUGGUGGCUCAUUCCCACUGCUCUUUCAGGACAGAGCUGCCUAGCAGAAGUGAGCCAUCCUGGACCUGCACGAGGGACCCUGCCCAGGCACUGUAGUCGUACCUGCUGCAGAAAGCAAACACUAAAGGAUAUUUUUACAAAGCUA